AUGAGCCAAAGCCACAGCAAGAAUGCGCGAAGUUUCUUUCCAACUCCAGCUUUGGAUCAUGCUGCUGCAGGCAUCGGCGCUGGAACUGUCGCGGUUCUGUGCAUGCACCCGCUUGACCUCAUCAAAGUAAAGUUCCAGGUAGCGACGACUAAGCAAACUACAAGGGGGAUCGGGAAGCAGAUAUACACGUCUUUGAAGGAUAUAUGGAUGGAGCGAGGCAUUCGAGGCCUCUACCGCGGCGUUGGUGCAAACAUGGCGGGCAAUGCUGCAAGCUGGGGACUCUAUUUCUGGUUCUAUACGCAGUUCAAGACGUUGAGACCUCCUGUCGAAGGAAAAGUAAAUUCCGCGUCAAACUACUUGAUUGCAUCGGCAGAAGCAAGUGCGGUGACUGCCCUCCUUACCAACCCAAUAUGGGUUGUAAAAGUUCGCCUCUUCACGACCAACGAGGACUCUCCGAACGCGUAUAAAGGUCUCUUUGACGGCCUUCGUCGGGUAUGGAAUUCGGAGGGAAUUAGAGGUCUAUAUCGUGGCACCUCCCUGGCUCUAUUCGGUGUCUCGAACGGUUCGCUACAGUUCAUGACAUAUGAAAUGAUGAAGAAUUGGGGCUACGCCAGGAAGAAGAAACAGAUGGAGGCCAAAGGCGAAGCAUGGUCGUCCGAAAUCGACAAGCUGCCCAAUGCAUACUAUACACUUUUCUCAGGCGCCUCCAAGCUAUUCGCGCUGACCGCCACCUACCCGUACCAAGUUGUUCGCGCCCGAAUCCAGAAUGACGCUACAUCCUCGCUGUAUCCCAACAUUCGAUCUUGCGUGAGGAUAACCUGGCGCGAGGAGGGUGCAAAGGGAUUUUACCGUGGUCUAGGGACAAAUCUUGUGCGUGUCCUCCCUGGGACAUGUAUUACGCUGGUCGUGUACGAGAACAUUGCAUGGAUAUUACGACGACAAGCCGCAAACCGAGACGCAAGACUUCCAGCGACUACCGGUGCCUGA